GAAGAAUAAUUUGUCAAAAGAAUCCAUAUUUUCAACGUGCGCCGUUUGAAAUGAAUCGGGCAAGAACGGGAGAGUCGCCUUAGCCUCCCUUUUUCGCGGCGCAACAGAACAUCCACGCGCAAGAAGGAUAUCCUAUUCGACUGCUGUUACAUUUAGAAAAUUACAUAAAUUUACAGAAUCCGGAUUCCCCUCCCUCGUCUGGAGACCAAAAUCGAAAAUAAACGGGAAAGGUUGACAUUAGAGGGCCGCUGUUUUGUUUAUGAUUUGAACGGCGCCGGACUUGAGUAUUCAUUUAAGUAUAUUUACUGAUAGAAAAAAUAAACGAACAUGGCUCGUCCUCGGCCCCGGGAGUACAAGGCAGGCGAUCUUGUUUUCGCAAAAAUGAAAGGAUACCCGCACUGGCCGGCGAGGAUUGACGAGCUACCAGAAGGAGCUGUGAAACCACCUGCAAAUAAAUACCCCAUCUUCUUUUUUGGGACCCAUGAAACUGCUUUCCUAGGGCCAAAAGAUCUGUUUCCAUAUAAAGAAUACAAAGACAAGUUUGGUAAAUCAAACAAGAGGAAAGGAUUCAAUGAAGGUCUGUGGGAAAUUGAGAACAACCCAGGUGUCAAGUUUACAGGAUACCAGGAGAUUCAGCAGCAAAGUUCAUCAGAGACUGAAGGAGAAGGCAACACAGCUGACGCCAGCAGUGAAGGAGAGGAGGGGGACUCCAUAGAGGAAGACGGAAAAGGCAAGAGAAAGAGUAACAAAGCUGGCUCAAAGCGAAAAAAAUCCUUGGGAUCAAAGAAAUCAUCAAAGCUGUCAAGGAAGUCAUCAGGAGAAGAAGAGGCUGAUAAAGACAGUAAGGAAGAAGAGCAUAAGAGCAGUUCAGAGGCUGGCGAUCCAGAAAAUGACACAAGAAAAACUUCAGAAAGCAAGAAAGCCAACGAAGGGGUAAAUUCUUGGCAUAUUUAAACGUUGCAUUCAGCUGCGCUGCACUUUAUUUAUUCAAUGUGCUGAAAAUUCUCCACCACUCACUUAUUUAAAACCACUGGGCAGCGCUGAUCAAUGCAAGCAGACAAAAGUCUCAUGAUUCUAUAGCUAUAUCUGGUCUAACUCUUCAGUUCACCAAUGUAAAUUUUCACAUUCGCAACACUUCUUGGAAGCUUUCAAGCAUUAUUUUCAUGGCCUGUAUAAAGUGCAUUUCCGAAUUUGAAUACUACUUUUUGGGGACGGUUGUAGGGUGGGGUGGGGGUAUGGUUUGUUGCUUGGUGUGCUAAAAUUCAAUCUUUUAAUGAUAAGUUGGAAUACAUCGUGGAAAAUGUUUUGUCAGUCGUCUACCACAAUAAAGUAUCACGCAUUCUAAGAAAUGUUAAAUAUGUUUAAUAAUCCCAACAAUAAAUGAUUUGAUGUUUGUUAUCGAUGUCUAAUUCCAGUCAACAUGAUAAAAGCAUGUUGCUGAAACUGUGAUCUGAUAAACCUGUAAUUGCAUUCCUGUGAACCUCUACUGGUGGAAAAAAAAUGUUUGAUGUGUUAGUUUUUUAUUUUAAUUUCAAUGCAAUGCACCAAGUCUUGCAGUCAUCUAACAUCUCACGGCUUUUCGAUGAAGGAUAGUGUCUCAUUUCCUUUACAUGUUGACUUUUUAAAAAGUAAGGUUCUACAAAAUAAAAUAAAAGCCCCUCCAUCACUCAGUUACUACUGAGGCUUGGUAAAAGCCA